GCAUGCGCAGUCAGGCCAGAUAAAACGAGCACCUUUUUAGUGAUGAAAGAAGUUGUAGUUUGUGUUUGCACUCCUGUCCAGCAUGAAUAAGAUUUUUGCUUUUCUCGCCGUAUACCUCGUCUCCCUUUCGCCAGGGCUACUGCAGGGCCUGCCAGGCAGAUAUUUUCAGAUAAACAAACAUCACGGGUUCAAGACAAAAUAUGAAUCCCCGUUCACAGAGAAGUAUUUCACUCAGACUAUGGACCACUUCAACUUUAACAGUGUGGGGAAUGGAAGCUACAGCCAGCGCUACCUGAUCACUGACAAGUACUGGGAAAAAGGCUAUGGGCCUAUUUUCUUCUACACUGGAAACGAGGGUGACAUCUGGGAUUUUGCCCUGAACUCUGGAUUCAUCAUGGAGUUGGCUGCCCAGCAGAGAGCCUUGGUCAUAUUUGCUGAACAUAGGUACUACGGCAAAUCCCUCCCAUUUGGCAAGGAGUCCUUCAACAUCCCCUUUGUGGGCCUGCUGACGGUGGAGCAGGCCCUAGCUGACUAUGCUGUCAUGAUCACCGAGCUGAAACAGCAGCUGGCCGCCACAGCAUGUCCUGUCAUUGUAUUUGGUGGCAGCUAUGGAGGGAUGCUCUCUGUCUAUAUGAGGCUGAAAUAUCCAAACAUCGUGGCUGGAGCCCUGGCUGCUAGCGCCCCCAUAUUGUCAACUGCUGGGCUGGGAGACUCCAGGCAGUUUUUCCGUGAUGUCACGUCUGACUUUGAGAGCUAUGCCCCAGAAUGCAGAGAUGCUGUGAGAGGAGCUUUCCAGCAGCUAAAACAAUUAGGUGAACAGCAAGAGUACAGUCGUAUCCAGUCAGAGUUCGCCCUGUGUAAGACCCCGUCCUCUCCUAAGGAUGUUCACCAGCUGAACGGCCUGCUGAGGAACGCCUUCACCAUCAUGGCUAUGUUGGACUACCCCUACAGCACUCACUUCAUGGGCAGCCUGCCAGCCAACCCUGUCAAGGUGGCAUGUGACACAAUGCUGAGUGGACCCGACCUGCUCGCCAACCUCAAAAACACAGCAGGAAUUGUGUACAACUCAAGUGGGCUGCUGCCUUGCUUCGACCUGUACAGUCUGUAUCUGGAGUGUGCUGAUCCCACCGGCUGUGGCCUUGGAUUCAACAGCAUGGCCUGGGACUACCAGGCCUGUACAGAGAUCGAGCUUUGCUAUGAGAGCAACAAUGUGACGGACAUGUUCCCUCCCAUGGCCUUCACUGAGAAAGACCGGGAGCUUUACUGCGCCAAGCGCUGGGCUGUGAUCCCACGACCGGGCUGGCUCAAAAUCCAGUACUGGGGCAAUGCCCUCUCCACCGCCAGCAACAUUAUUUUCUCCAACGGAGAUCUGGACCCAUGGGCCAACGGAGGGGUGCGUAAGUCCUUGAGCUCAUCUCUGAUUGCCAUCAACAUUUCUGGGGGAGCCCAUCAUCUAGAUUUGAGGGAAUCUAACGCUGCUGAUCCAGUGUCAGUUAUCAACGCCAGAAAGAUAGAAGCUGACCUCAUUGCACAGUGGGUGAAGAUGGAGAGGACAAGAUCACAACAGUCACUUUAGUUGUUUUUUAUUUUAAUUCCAAAUGGAGCUGGAAUUGACUGAGACCAGGAACAAAUCAGGUCCUAUUCAAGACCACAACAGGCAAUCAAAUCUAUAUAAUCUCACUAAAAUGGAAGGACUCUCCCUCUCUAUAUGUCUGCCCCUCGAUUGUCUCCACAACAACCAUUCUUCGAUUAAUUUCACAUUUGGCAGGUACAGUGCUGAGGACACAACAAAGUGCAGUGUCGACUGUGAAGUUGUUUGGAUGAGCAGUUCUCCAGAAUGCUGGAAGCAGCAAUCCCAGAGGCCAAACAGUUGGCCCAUUGCCAACAGGUACACUUUGAACAGGCACAGAACUAGCUUUUCCCAAAUGCAAAGAGAAACGCUUUCUUAUGUUGAUCUCUCUGCAGUACCUUACACCGUCUAUCAGAUCACUGUGGAAGAACAGACCAAACAGUGCAAAGAAAUGUGAUAAUGACAUGCAGUUUGAUGUCCUGUGUUUGAGAGACAGGUAGAGGUUGAGUCAACGUCCAGUAGAGUUCGAGACAGAUGUGAUGGUCUGCAAACCAGCCUUGAGAAUGGUUUUGUUUCAAUGAAUGACAGUUACACUUUUUCUGUUCAAUAAAAUCAUUUUAAUCUCCACAUUUUUACAAAAAAUUAAAGCAGAUCCGGUGUUUAUUGUAAACCAGGUGACAUCAACAAUACAAA